UAGUCCCUCUGGCCAACAAACCCACUCCAAGCUGUAAACAUGGAGUCUCUGGAGGAGUACCACUCUCCGUUUGACUUUGAACAAGGAGUCAACGCCAGCUACCUGUACCUCUCCCCGGCCUACAGCGACACGCCGCCCAGCUCGCCAGCAGUCCGGACCAGAGGUUUCCAGCAGCAUCCGGACUCGAUCCCAGAGGUGGGAGAAGAUGCUGCGACGUCCGUCGGAGCCUCUCCCCUUCCACCCGCCAUGACGGAGGAGGAGCACCAGGAGCUACAGGAAAAGUUGGUCAAGGUUGAGGAUGAGAUCCUGACUCUGUCACAGGUGCUGGCAGCCAAAGAGAAGCAGCUUGCAGACAUCAAGAGGAAGCUGGGCAUCACACCCCUCAACGAGCUGAAACAGAACUUCACUAAAACCUGGCAGGAAGUCACCACCUCCACCGCCUAUAGGAGGACGUCUGAAACAUUGUCUCAGGCAAGUCUGAAGGCCACAGCAGCGUUCUCCAACGUGGGCUCAGCCAUCACCCGGAAGCUGGAGGAUGUCAGCACACGCUCAUUACACCACUCGGCUAGCCUGCCUGCCAUGAGGAAUGCACCAACUUUCAAGUCAUUUGAGGAGAAAGUGGAGACGUUGAAGACCAAGAUGAGUCCGACCCCGUCCGCCGGUGACCCCGGACAGGAGGACAGCAACGACCCCACCGGCGACACUUUGAUCCCUCAGCCCGACGGUUCGGCCACCCAGGAGACGCUGACGAACUGAGGCCUUUGCCCCCCCCCCCCCCCCCCCCCCCUAAACUCUUGUGUGCCAUUCUUCCUUUAUUUGAAACAAGUGACUCCCCACAGCUAGUGAUCUAAUUGUCUGGUCUUUUUUUGUGGGACACGUGCGCUCACUUGUUGACUCGGGGGGGAAACUGAAAGCAUGGGACAGGGGCAGGAAAGGGGGGGGGGCUGGAGUCUGCUGUGGGAGAAUCCCUCCCUUCUAUAUGCUUUUCUUUCUCUCCUCUCGCGUUCCUUGUCUUUCCGCUUUGGUGCGACCAGCAGCCAGAAAUGCUGCUUUUGUCUUUUAUCAAACUUAUUUUGGUAAGAAGUAUUACAAAUUUGAUUAGAUGAGGAUUUAUGCAUAAAGUUAUUAUCACUUGUUGUUGUGUUGGCCUACACUUUGGGGCCAUGCCUAGUUUACUAUAGAACACCAUUUUGAUUUCCGUUGCCUUUGUUAUUGUGAUUUUGAGACCGCUCACGGCCACAAAGUAGUCCAACACUGUUCAGAAUAUGAAUGGAUGGCUUUUAUUGCGUAAACCUAAACCGACACAACCAGCACUGAGCCACUCCUUUAAAAUAAAAUAAGCCCCCUUUUCCCCCCAUUGUUAAGAGUCCGCCAGAAAUUGAUCUCCACGUUUAGACAGUUGCAGAAAAAAAGGCCUCGGUCAGCAGAGCAAACAAGCAGUGAAGGUUCAGCCUCGACCCGAGGUGAGAGGAAUAAAUGUCUCUCCCAGAGUCAAUAUUUAAACUCGUGUUCAUUGUUUCUGCUCGGAGAGAACACCUCGUCGCUCCCAUUUCUGUCAGCCAUUUGAAAAGCGGGCGCCAAGGCCGUUAUUUUGUACACAGAUACAUAAUCAUGGUGUGAAAGAGCAGGGGGCGAGAGUGUAGAAUCAAUGUCCGCCUGUAUUUCCUUUGACCCGGACCGGAGAAUCUUUACAACUCUAAACUUGUACUGACAUUCAUGGCCUUAGCAAUUAGUAUGCUGACCUACAGGAGUAAGAUGGUGAACAUUGUAAACAUCAUAUCUGCUGACCAUCAGCAUGCAGCAUUGUUUUUGCAAGCAGGAUCGCAUGCUGACGUUAGCAUUCAGCUCCACGCACCACUCUGCCUAACACAGCCCCCGGCCACCUUAAAGCAAGGGCCGGCCACUCCCAAAUGUUCUGUCCGGACAGGUUUCUGGAGGGAUUGAACAACAAGAUAAACUAUGAUCAGCAACCAACUGCUGGAUCAACAGUAUUUGCUGAAAAUGCUGCUUCAAUAUAGAUUUAAAAAAACAUCUAAGAUCAACCUUGUUGUCCAACAUGCAGCGUGCUACUGAACAAAGCCUGCAGAGUCCAUUUGAAGACACUGCAAUGGACGACACAAAGGACAUAACCAUAUUUCUGGCACUUGUCCUGCCCAGAGAGGACCGGGCUGGUUCAAGUCUUCACCUGCUGGUGGACGAGGGGAAUAAAACAUGCAGGUGAAAUCAGCUCCACCACUUUGCUGCGUUGCACUUUGCCACACUAGCUGUCAGCCCACAGGAAGAACCAGCACAUACAGCCACACGCAACGACCUGGUUCACUGAGAGAAGUUAAUACAGCCUUUUUUGUCUCAGACAGGAGGGUUCAACGUAGACAGAUGCUCAAUUUGUUUGUCCUCAAUUUGGAACCAUGGAGUGAAGCCAUGCUCUCAUUAAACAUACCUCUGAAGAAACUUUGUUCUGAGUUAAUUGGUGUGCGGGGAUGGAAAUGGAAGUUAAUUUGACUGAAAGGGGAGUUUCUCCAGUGCGACAUACUCUGUCUAACACGGUAAAAUACACAGCAGUAUGUCGCACUGGAGAAACCCCCCUAAACACAUUUAAAUUGACCCACAGAAGGUCAAAAAAAUACAGCCUUAUUGAACUGCAGUACCUUCUGUGAACACAGGAGGGCAGCCAACAAUAGAAGCAGCACUUGACUUUAUUUGUCUCCAUCCAGACCACACCUGGGUCCUGUAUCAGAGGGAGGGUUUGGUUUAAACUUAAGUUACAACCCUGAGAUGAUCCUUCUUUAACAAAACCUGAGUUUGUCUGAGUGGUGCCAGACGAGCUAUUAUAUUUUUCUCAUGCAUCAAUAAUUGCAUUGUAAUGUCACUUUAACUUGUAAAGACCAGUACGACACAUAUUCAUAAAGGAUUGCAUUUAACAUUACAGGGACUGUUUCAAUGAACUGCGAAUGAAAUAAAGUGAAAUAAAGCCACUGAAUGUUUUUGAGCUGUGAUCCAAAUAUAGAUGUCUAAGAUUUAUUUAAACACAUAUUUGUGAAUUGGAUCAUGAGUCAUGUCUUUGAUCAAUUUAUCUUUUUAACCAUCAUUUUUAUCUUUAGUUGUUUGGUACUCAUCACAUUAAAGCUGAAUACAUGGAUAAUGUAAUAUAGGCUACAACCUAUAGUGCCCGCCACGAUUCAGCCACUAAAUCGUCCAUUAAGAAAGGAAAGUCUGUUAAAUAAUACAUGAAAAGCCUUGGUGAAUCAUGAUAUUCAUUAUAAUAUAUGAUACAACAAUUAUUUUCGGACAUCUUUACAACAGGAGAUAUUAAAACCUGAGACCUAUUUUAGACUCAAAGUAAAACAUCGGACAUCGUGAGAAAGUCAACGUCACGGUAGACGGACUAUAACCAGAACUGCGUUGCCAGGCAACAACGUAGUUCCGGACUUCCUCGUGUUAGAGAACUCAGGCAGUCAGUGUUGUCGUAGUUACUCACCUCUCUGAACAACACACCAACGCCCUCCACAGUCUGCUCCCCGGUUCAACUGCUGCACUCUAUUAUCUUCAAGGCGGAACCAGUCCUCCCUGCUCCUCCGUCCUAGUAUAACCAGUCCAGUCGAACUCAGUAGAAGAGUACGUACGAGCACGUUACAGGGGUAACGUACGUUAGCUUAUUGAAACUUUAGCAUGUUAGCCAGGCCCUUACUGUAAAGUGCAGGUCAUAUAGUGGAUCUAUAAAUUAGUGCUGGCCAGGUGUUGUAUUAAAUAAAUAAUUCAUAUAGUUGGUGACAUGUUGUUGAAAUAUGCAGAAGUAAGUUACAAUAAUGCUAAAAGAAACUGCACCCCGAUUUGUGAUGCUUGUUUUGUUUGUGUAACUUAAAUGGUAAAACGUGUUCAUUUCCGGUGUUAGCACCGCGCGGUGGAGAGGAGCGACCUCUAGUGGCCGCAGACACGAUGCUUAACAGAAAACCACUUUGUUGGAGUAAAGUGCUUUUUUCUAAUUUCAACCAGAACCUAAUGCUUAUAUUGAUUGUGUACUACUUAUAAUACAUACUAUAAUAACUAUAACUGGGUAGUUUAAUAAAAGAAUGGGUUGUAUUUUA